ACCUGACCACAGACACAUCGGCGGCCAAUCAGACACCAGGACAACUCACUGAUUCAACCUCCUCAGACAACUUCAGUAUUCUUGAUUUCAUUUGACUCCUGAGGUUUCAUCCAAGAUGUUCAGCAGGACUCUUCUGCUCAUCUGCAUUGCAGUUUUCUUCUGUGCAGAUGCUGAGGACAAAUCCAGGCUCUACAGGAGGCCCUCCUGUGAGGGGAUGACCGCAAAUAUGGCAUGUCCCCUGAACUACUCUCCUGUGUGCGGCAGCAACGGCAUCACCUACCCAAACGAAUGUUCUCUGUGUGUCUUCAGGCUGGAGAAAAACGCUGAUAUCCUGAUUGUGACGGAGGGACCCUGCUGAGGCUGACAUCAUUCACUCACUCCUCCCAGACUGAUGACAUCAUCGCACUUCUCCCUAAAUGAUGAUGUCAUUACUGUUUGAAUGUAGCUGUUAGCACGUAGCGCGCGCGCGCGCACACACACGCACACACACACACACACACACACAUGCACGCGCACACACACGACUGCAGCAAUAUGUGCUCACAAUAAUAAAAACAUCUG